GUUUGCAGUCGAAGAAGUUGCCGAGCCGAUAUAAAUAUAGCCGGCGUACCAACCAACCAACAAACAGCCGGAGAAGGUGGCCCUGGCAUCGUCCGCAUAUCCAAAUUAAGCCACUGUACAUGUAACUAUUCACCCGCCAACCAAGUACUGUCUUGUUUGCGUGGAACGAUGCGAGCGCUUUCCUCCCACCCAAUCCGCAGGGUAGCCAUUAUUGGCGCUGGCCCGUCUGGGUUGGCUGCGGCCAAAUUCUUGUUAGCCGAAAAAUACUUUGAAAAGAUUGACGUUUUCGAACAGCGCAGUCGGGUUGGUGGGGUCUGGAACUACUCAACAGCUGCAGACAAAAAGCUUGCUUCGAUUGAUAUCCCGCAGACAAACGCCCACUUACCCGCAGAGGAGCCCAUUUGGCAUUCGUCGUCGGGUUCGUCGCAAAGUUCUGAUUCAGCAAAGUCGCAAGGCCGAAAAGAAGCCUCGUUCAUAUCCCCACUCUACGAUGACCUGGAAACAAAUAUCCCUCACACUUUGAUGCGGUUUUCCGAUAAACCAUUUCCUACGGAUACACAGCUAUUCCCUAGAUUUGCGACUGUGCUGCAAUAUAUAGAGGAGUACGGCGCGGAUGUCGAGCACCUCAUACAAUUUCAGGUCCAGGUUGUAGAUGUGAGGCUUGAUGAUGCGCGUGCGGGGACGUGGAUUGUGACAAGGAAGCAUUUAGAAACUGGCGCUCAAGAGGAUGAUGUCUACGAUGCCGUGGUGGUGGCGAACGGUCAUUAUAAUGUACCAUAUAUCCCGUCGAUCGCUGGGAUAUCGGAGUGGAAUGCGGCAUAUCCGAACGUCAUAACACAUUCCAAAACAUAUUCGUCCCCCGUGGAGUUUCAGGAUAAAAAAGUUAUUGUUGUUGGCAACUCUGCCUCUGGAAUUGACAUUGGAGCUCAAAUCAGCACAACAUGUCGCAAACCACUUCUUGCUUCUGCGCGGUCUCCUUCCUACUUUGCCACCGGAGCUGUUGACGAUAAAAAAGAGUAUCCGCAAAUUGUUGAGUUCCUGCCACCAACAACUCAUAACCGGGCUGUUCGGUUCGAAAAUGGGGAGAUUGAGGAAGACGUCGAUGCCGUGUUGUUCUGCACGGGAUACUUAUACUCAUUUCCGUUCCUGUCAUCAUUGAAACCUCCGGUUGUUGAGGAUGGAAGCAGGACACUCCAUGUUUACCAGCAAAUACUUUACGCUGACCAGCCCACCCUGGCAUUCCCCGUUUUAAACCAGAGGGUCAUCCCGUUUCCGAUGGCGGAAAAUCAAAGCGCUGUGAUUGCUCGAGUCUGGUCCGGGCGGCUCAGUCUUCCCUCAAAGCAAGAAAUGUACCAGUGGGAAGAGGCUGAAAUAGCCGCUCGGGGACCUGGCAAAGCCUUCCACGUUUUCAAGUAUCCCAUGGAUGCUGAUUAUAUCAAUGCGUUGCAUGAAUGGGCGGCCAGCGCGGAGCGGAGGCCAGGUUUGGAGAACGAAGGGCGCGGCAGGGAUUGUACCUACUGGAACGAAAAGGAUCGAUGGGCCCGGGAACGAUUCACACUCAUCAAGAAAGAGUUUAAUAUGAAGGGGGAACAGAGACAUCAAUGUCGGACCUUGGAGGAUGUGGGUUUUGAUUUUGAGGCAUGGAAGGCGGAGCAAUCGAUAACGUAUCGAUGAAUUUAGUAUCUAAAGUAAAGUAAUUAUAUAUCUAGAUAGAAUGGAUUCCAUAUUCUCAAUAUACACCACUGUUAGCUAUUUCUAUUACAUUCUAUUACAAUCAGCAUGGUGUACCCUGGCCCUGGGCGC